CAGCAGGACUCGACACCUGAUCAGAUGAUACACCUGCCUUCAUAGGAUUUUUUUGUUGUUGUUGUUACAACACAGAAUAAACCCAGACAUGACAGUUUCUUACACCGUUGAAGUGGCCGAUGCUCGAUUUGGUGGCUUCUCAAAGCUGCUGUUCAGGUGGAAGGGAAGUAUCUACAGGCUACUUUACAAAGACUUCCUGGUGUUCUGUGCAGUUUAUCUGUUUUUCAGUGUGUUUUACAGGUUCCUCCUCACACCAAGGCAGCAGGACCUGUUUGAGCGUAUCGCCCUUUACUGUGACAACUUCACCAACUCCAACUUCAUCCCAGUUUUAUUUGUACUGGGUUUCUAUGUGACCCUGGCCUUUAACCGCUGGUGGGGUCAGUACACCAGCUUCCCGCUGCCUGAUAACCUGAUGAUGGUGGUGUCUGGGAACGUCCAUGGGGCAGACGAGAGGGGUCGUCUGCUGCGACGGACACUCAUGAGAUAUGCCAACUUAUCCUCAGUUCUUAUCCUCCGCUCCAUCAGCACAAGAGUUCGUAAGCGUUUCCCAACUUUGGAGCACGUAGUGGAGGCUGGCUUUAUGACCACACAUGAGCUGAAGAAGUUUGAGUCUCUACACUCUGAUUUCAACAAGUACUGGAUGCCUUUGACUUGGUUCACAAACCUGGCAUCCAGAGCCAGAGAGGAGGGUCGAGUGAGGGACGACAUUGCUUUGAGACUGCUGAUGGAUGAGCUGAAUAACUACAGAGCCAAGUGUAGCCUCCUGUUCCACUAUGACUGGAUAAGCAUCCCCCUGGUCUACACCCAGGUGGUUACCUUAGCAGUUUACUCUUAUUUUGCCUUUUGUGUGAUUGGUCGACAAUUUCUGAACCCUGAGAAAGGAUACAAGGAUCACAAGCUGGACAUGUACAUCCCUGUUUUCACCCUGCUGCAGUUCUUCUUCUAUGCUGGCUGGCUCAAGGUGGGGGAGCUGAUCAUCAAUCCAUUCGGUGAGGACGAUGAUGACUUUGAAACCAACCAGCUGAUUGACAGAAACAUUCAGGUGUCAAUGCUGGCUGUAGAUGAUAUGUAUCAGAACCUGGCUCCAAUUGUGAAGGACAAGCACUGGGCGCAGAGACAUUUCUCCAUCCCUUACACUCUGUCAACAGCAGCAGAGACUCUCAGACCGGCCUUCAAAGGCUCCACUUUUGACAUGAGGAUGAGUGCAGAGGAUCUUGAGAUUCACCAGCCUGCAGACACUCCUGGAAAGAAACAGUAUUUAACUCUUACAGGCUCUCUGGGCGACGGUCUCGACAGUCUUCUGCAGAGAGGCAAAGGUAUCCUGAGAGGUGUGAGCCUGCCGUCUCUGAUGGAUGUCUCACCUAUGGUCUCACCACACCCAAAUGAGGAAGAUGAUUCUGAUACUUCCCCUGAGGGUGACACCAACACCAGCAACCACAAAGAACAAGAAAAUGCACUCAUCAAAGUUGCAGUGGAGUACAACUAGUGAAAAUGAAUCUGAUACUUAAACACAUUGUGUGUUUUUGAAACAAGAAAGUUUUUAAUGGUGUGAUUUGGUGAUUUGUCUCAACUCAAUCAAUUUGUGAAAUAAACAUAAUAAGUCUUAUUAAUAUUGUAUGUUUGAAAAUUAAUGUAAUUAUCCAAUGCUUUAACUUUUCUUUUAUGAUAAUAGGCUAAACAUGGGAUCUUGAUCAUUGAUUCAUAGCGAGAGAACAAACAUUUCUUUUUGAGUGCUUUAAAAUAUUCUUUUACCUGUCUUGUUCAGUAAUUCACAUGUAUCCUACAUGUUAUCCUUCAUGAUUUAUUCUCUUAAAUUUUCAUCCCCUGUAUCAGCCAAGCACAUGUCAUAAACACAGAAGUCCUCUCAGACAUAACAGCAGAUACACUGGUGUAACAUAACCUUGUUUUAUAUGUAUUAUACAGUACAGUCUGUAUACAAGGGUGAAAGAAAUAAUAAUAUGUAAUAAUAAUAAUAAUAAUAAUAAUAAUAAUAAUAAUAAAUCUUUGUUUUAGUAGGCUAACAGUGGUAAUGUCACAAAAUACUCUAUUAAAUAAAAGUGUUUAAAAUGUUUUUUCUACAAAAUAAAUAAACUAAGUAUCAAAAA